UACGCCUCCGGUUCCAGCCUCUGAUUGGCUCUGAGAGGCCGACCCCUUGACCAAUGAAGCUCGGGGGCGUUGUCCUGGGGGCGGAUCCUCAGGCUCACGUGGUGCCUUCAGGGUCUCCCUCAUCUGCGACCCUGGCUCUAGCCUCGGCUGCAGCUUCUGUUUCUUCCAUUCUUCCACAGCGUCUUCGGGCCCCGACUGGACAUGGCUUCGGCCACUAUGGCAGCUGCAAGGAGAGCGCUCUGCCUGGCUGUCCCGUUUCUCCGGCGCGGUUACCAGACGGAGAGGGGCGUCUACGGCUACCGGCCUAGGAAGGCCGAGAGCAGCGAGCCCCCCGGCGACCGUGCACGCCCCUCAGUUGAUCAUGCCCUUGCCAGGCUGGUGACAGUGUAUUGUGAGCAUGGCCACAAAGCUGCCCAGAUCAACCCUCUCUUCCCUGGACAAGCCCUGCUGGAUAUUGUGCCUGAAAUCCAAGCCCUCGUACAGACACUGCAGGGACCCUUCACUACCACAGGACUGUUGAACAUGGACAAAGAAGAGGCUUCUCUUGAGGAAGUACUAGCCUAUUUGAACCAUGUCUACUGCGGGCCAAUUUCUAUUGAAACCACCCAGCUUCAGAGCCAGGAGGAAAAAGACUGGUUUGCCAGAAGGCUUGAGGAGCUGAAAAAGGAGACGUUUACCACAGAAGAGCGAAAAUACCUGGCAAAACUAUUGCUAGAAUCUCAGGAGUUUGACCACUUUUUGGCCACCAAGUUUGCCACAGUGAAGAGAUAUGGAGGUGAAGGGGCCGAAAGCAUGAUGGGCUUUUUUCAUGAGUUACUGAAAUUGUCAGCCUAUGGCGGUAUAACUGAUGUCAUUAUUGGGAUGCCCCAUAGAGGAAGGCUGAAUUUGUUGACAGGCCUUCUGCAGCUGCCUCCAGAGCUGAUGUUCCGUAAAAUGCGAGGCUUAAGCGAAUUUCCAGAAAAUGUCUCAGCCAUUGGAGAUGUCCUGUCCCACCUGACCUCCUCAGUGGAUCUAGACUUUGGUGCCCACCGUCCCCUCCAUGUGACGAUGCUGCCCAAUCCCUCACAUUUGGAAGCUGUUAACCCCGUGGCUGUGGGGAAAACUCGUGGCAGGCAGCAGUCUCGGGAAGAUGGUGACUACUCACUGCACAGUUCUGCUCAGCCCGGGGACAAAGUCAUUUGCCUUAAGGUUCAUGGUGAUGCUUCCUUCUGUGGUCAAGGGAUUGUUCUUGAAACCUUCACGCUCUCUAAUCUCCCACAUUUCAGAAUUGGUGGGAGUAUCCAUCUAAUAGUCAAUAACCAGCUGGGUUACACCACGCCAGCAGAAAGAGGAAGGUCUUCCUUAUACAGCAGUGAUAUUGGAAAGGUGGUAGGCUGUGCCAUCAUCCACGUCAAUGGAGACAGUCCAGAGGAAGUGGUUCGAGCCACACGACUUGCUUUUGAGUAUCAGCGCCAAUUCCGAAAGGAUGUAAUUAUUGAUUUGUUGUGCUAUAGGCAGUGGGGUCAUAAUGAGCUGGAUGAACCUUUUUUCACCAACCCCGUCAUGUACAAAAUCAUCAGAGCCCGAAAGAGCAUACCUGAUACCUAUGCAGAGCAUCUCAUUGCCAGUGGACUCAUGACCCAGGAGGAGGUUUCUGACAUAAAAACCUCCUACUAUACCAAGUUAAAUGACCACUUAACCAACAUGGCCCACUACAGUCCCCCUGCCACUAACCUGCAGGCCCACUGGCAGGGCCUGGUGCAGCCAGAAGCAUGCAUCACCACCUGGAACACAGGUGUGCCUCUAGAGCUCCUUCGGUUUAUUGGUGUGAAGUCCGUGGAGGUUCCAGAGGAACUCCAAUUGCACAGCCACCUUCUCAAGAUGUAUGUUCAGUCAAGAAUGGAGAAAGUGAAGAGUGGAACAAAUUUAGACUGGGCCACAGCAGAAACCCUUGCCUUGGGCUCCUUACUUGCUCAAGGUUUCAACGUUCGUCUGAGUGGUCAAGACGUUGGCCGUGGAACUUUUAGUCAAAGGCAUGCAAUGGUGGUUUGCCAGAACACAGACGAUGCCUACAUUCCUCUGAACCAUAUGGACCCCAAUCAGAAGGGCUUUCUGGAGGUUAGCAACAGCCCCCUGUCAGAAGAGGCUGUCCUGGGAUUUGAAUAUGGAAUGAGCAUUGAAAGCCCAAAGUUGCUGCCCCUCUGGGAAGCUCAGUUUGGCGAUUUCUUCAAUGGUGCCCAGAUCAUCUUUGACACAUUCAUCUCUGGAGGAGAGGCCAAGUGGCUCCUGCAGAGUGGCAUUGUCAUUCUGCUUCCACAUGGCUAUGACGGGGCUGGACCUGACCACUCGUCUUGUCGGAUCGAGCGCUUCUUGCAGAUGUGUGACAGUGCAGAAGAAGGGGUGGACAGUGACACUGUGAACAUGUUCGUGGUCCACCCAACUACUCCUGCUCAGUAUUUCCACUUGCUCAGAAGACAGAUGGUCCGGAACUUCAGAAAACCUCUCAUCGUGGCUUCUCCCAAGAUGUUACUCAGGUACCCUGCAGCUGUGUCAACUCUUGAGGAAAUGGCCCCAGGAACAGCAUUCAAACCUGUCAUUGGUGAUUCAUCAGUAGAUCCAAAAAACGUGAAAACCCUCAUAUUCUGCUGUGGCAAACAUUUUUAUGCCCUGCUGAAGCAAAGAGAAUCUUUGGGGACCAAGAAGCAUGACUUUGCCAUCAUUCGAAUAGAGGAACUUUGCCCAUUCCCGCUGGAUUCAUUACAACAAGAGAUGAACAAAUACAAACAUGUUAAAGAUAUCAUUUGGAGUCAGGAGGAGCCUCAGAACAUGGGUCCAUGGUUUUUUGUUUCUCCAAGGUUUGAAAAACAACUGGCCUGCAAGCUCCGUCUUGUAAGCCGGCCCCCUUUGCCAGCACCUGCGGUGGGAAUUGGCACAGUGCACCAGCAGCAGCAUGAAGACACCCUCACCAAGAGCUUCGCUUCAUAAUGUGCUUUGAGAAAACAGGAUUGCCUUUUAAGAAAAAUGCUGUGAAGGGAAACCUGCCUCCCCCACCCUUUCUCCUUUCCCCUAGCUAGCAUGGAAGUCUGGAGUAAUUUGGACAACUGACUUUGGAAUAAAUGGAAUAAGGGGGAAACUGAUUUUAUAAGUAAUGGAACAGAUAGUCGAUUUUAUGCUUUGCAGCACAAUAGUGUUUGUUAUGCUUUGGUUAGAUAUGAAUGAACUGGAAAAGGUGGUCAUUAACCAGAUGUAUUCAGACUCCACUAUAACUGACCAGGGCAAGUUCAGUGUAGAGGCAGUCCCAACACUACCACUUAAUUAGUUUAACACAUAUAACUUUUCCUAAUUUCCCCCAUUUCAGAGUCCUCUGAACAGCAAUAUUUUUGUUUUAUGUCAUCUCUGAGUCACUCUAUGAAAUGUUCCAUCCGACACCAGUAAAAUUAGAACAUUCCGGAUUCAUGUUCUUUCAGGUUUUAUCCAUUAUCCUUACAAGUAAAUUCUGUUAAAUACAGAUUUCUGAUUGUAUGAUCUUCUAGCAGUGUUCUGAGACAGUUUCAUGUUGUCCAGGCUGUCCUCAUACUCACUGUAUACCUGAGGAUGACCAGCCUUGACCUUCUGAUCUUUUUGCCUCUACUUCCUGAGUGCCAAGAUUAUUUAUUUGUUCAGCCAUGCCUAGUUAGUGCUGGUGAUGAGGAGCAAACCCUGGUCUUCGUGAAUGGUAGGGAGCACUCUACCAACUGAGCUACAGCCCUGGCCGCUAAUAAUUUUUAAAUUAUGAAGUGUUAGCUGUAUUAAAACUGACCUGUGGUUUAUUUUACCAUUAAGUUCCCCUUCCCCCCAGUUAUAUUGCUGUGAUGUUUUUAACUUCUGAUAGGUGGAUUUCAGUAUCAGGUUAAUCACUUUAGUCUCUAAAAGUUCCAGGUACAACUAUGAUGUAUGUCUGUGCUAUUAAGUACAUUAAUUUUUAGCUGCCUUCCCAAAGUCAGGUCUGGGGGUUCCUCAGAGGUCACCAAGUGACCCAUUCCAUUUGGUGUUAAACCUAAUGUUGGGAGCAAAUCUAAACAGUAGCUGUGUGGCUUCAUUUGAGUUGGUCUUGAGGAGCGUUUACCAUGUACUAUUCUUGCUUUAUGAUACUGUGUUUCUAAAAGGUGAUGGGGACUAUGAAGGGCUGGAAUGUAUCUGUUUCCUUUCCACUUGUUCCAGCAAUGGGCCAUGUCUUACAUCAUUAAUGUAUAGGCACUUCUAGAUUAGUAAUAGUUCAUAAUGUAUAUCUUUUUCUUGGUUUGUUUUUGAGAUAGGUUGUCACUGUGCAGUUCUAGCUGGCCUGGAACUCAGAUCUCUCUGCCUUUGCCUUCUGAGUGCUGGGAUUAAAGGUGCACACCACCAUGCCAGACUACAAGUUACAUUUUAAAAUAAUUCUUUAGUGUACUUAUUUAACAUUUCUGUAGUAUUUGCUUCCCCUUUCUCUCUCUCUCUCUCUCUCUCUCUCUCUCUCUCUCUCUCUCUCUCUCUCUCUCUCUCCUCUCUUUCUUUUCUCUGGAUCUGGAUCUGGGUAUCAGUUCCAGAGCCUUGUGCUUACUAACUCUACCAUUGAGCCUUUUCUUUCUUUUUUUAUUCCUUAGUCCUUCUUCCUGUGUCACACCUUAUAAAUCAUGUAACUUAGUACUACUUAUAUAAAUCAGUAAAAUUUCAAAGGCCUGUUGAAUAACAAUAAUAAUGUAUAUUUAGGUAGAAAAAAAGCAUAACAUAUCUUUAUUCUCAGAUCUCUUGGUUUCUUAAAAGAUUUUAAAACUAAUUAUAAAAUGAGAUGGAAGUUAAUAUAUUUAAGAAUAUUUUUGUCAUAGCCAGGCAGUGGUGGCACACUCCUUUAAUCCCAGCACUCAGGAGGCAGAGGCAGGCAGAUCUCUGAGUUCAAGGCCAGCCUGGUCUACAGAGUGAGUUCCAGGACAUUCAGGGAUGUUACACAGAGAAACCCUGUCUGAAAAACCAAAAAAGAAAAGGAAAGGAAAGAAAAUAAAAUAAAAUUGUCUUGCUCUUUCUGAAUUUCUUCAUAACAAUUUACCUCACAGGUUUACUAUUUCUUGUUAUGGUUUUACCUGCAUGAGUCAUGAGAGUGUCUUCUGUCUCAACCACAUUUUGAAUUGUUUUGCAGAAGGGACCAUUUGAAGAAUUCAAAUCAAACAUACACUACUGUAUUUUAUUCCUCUUCAAAAUGAGGCAUUAGUUUCUCAUAUCUACUACCCAUAAUUAUGCUUGUUUAAUGUUCACUGAGGAAUAGAACUUAAAUUAUGUAGUUAAUAAGUUAAAAUAUUAGCAACCAUGGGAGAACUGCAAUUUUGCUUGAAAUGAUACAUUAUUCUUAGUAAAAUAAAAUUUUCUACCUUAUAAAAACCA